AUGACAAAGGAGACAUCAGCCGAAGUUGUUGUGGACGGGAGCCUGGAAUACGAGGAGCGCGCGAAGUUCCUUCAGUUCGGGCUCUGCGGGCGAUGUGAUCGAGUUUUCCGAAUCAGCCAGGGGUGGAAACAUGUCGAGCAGAAGUCUCGUCACGAAACUGUUGUCGACGGGGAGAGCAAGCUACGCCACCUCUCGACGCUAGUGGCCAAGGCGGAGAUGAAUAAAACGGCCUUGCGAGCCGCGCGGGGGGCUCACAAGGACAUCCUCGAGGCCACCGAGAAACUCAGAGCCCUUCGCCAUGAGGUCUCGGCGACCCGGAGAGCUCUCGCACCUUUGGUCAUGUCGUGCCCGUUCUGCCUCUGGAACUCCGCACCGCUAUUUUCGUCACCUUGUACCGGGGGGGGAGGAUGA